AUGUACAUCAUUUUACCCGAGGAACGGGAUGGGCUAGUUGAACUUAUAGAAAAGGCGAGUUCUAAUCCUGCCUAUUUGGAUCAACAUCUCCCAAUUCGUAGGGUUCCAACAAGAGAAUUCAAGAUUCCCAAGUUCAAAGUUUAUUUUGAUUUUGAAGCAAAAAGAGUUUUAGAGAAUGCAGGAGUAGUUUUACCUUUUGAUGAAUGGAAGGCAGAGCUGGCUGAGAUGCUGAAUAUCGAGAUGGUAAACGGGAAGACUUAUGCUUCAGGAGUUUUUCACAAGUGUUCUGUAGAAAUUGAUGAAUAA